CCCAUGUCCCCCACUCAGGCAACGUGCGUAGGUUUUUUCGCAACGAUGUACACAAUAUCCGUGAUCAACUUCACGCCACUCUGGCACUCCUGAACUAGAUUCUUCGACAUCUCCCUCCAUUCAUCCGCCGUCGGGGAACCCGGCGGCAUUUUGCCGGCUUCACACAUUGGGAUGAUGUCGUUUUCGAUGAAGUCGCGGUUCCCCAUCAGCUGCAUAAGAGUCCAUGGUCUGGCCAUAGAAUCGCUCACUGCUUUGCGUCGAAAGUCCACCACUUCGAGACCGUGGCUGCGGAAGAUAAUGUCUAGCUCGGCGAUCCAACUGCAGAUCAUCCAAUUUUUUCCAAAACCCUCUAUCCUGUCAGCAUGCACGUGUGACACACUAGGGUCCGAACUUUUAGAAUGUACUAAAAGACACACAUUUUUCACAAGGCUACAUACUAAGGAGCGUGAUGAACUUGUCCAAGAGCUUCGAAGGAUCGUCUUUUUGGAUGUACAUCACGAUACGGGCAACGUGAACGAUGUCGUAUGUCCCAACAAGAUGUUCAGGUAUUGGCUGCGUCAUAUCCAGAAGAUUCAGGCUCACAUUUUCCGGGAGCUCAUACUUGGGCGGAAAGUGUGCGCUCGAGAUGUCGAAACCGUCGAGCUGGGCAUCCUUUGA